AUGUCAGUAGCCCCUAAGGAUGUGGAAUUGUGUCCCGUCUGUGGACUUCCUCCAGAAUAUUGCGAAUAUGGCCCAAAUUUCGAUUUGUGCAAGCCUUGGCUCAAGGAAAACCACUUAGAUUUAUAUCCUGACCUCGCAGAGUUUGAGGUGACAGAGGAAAUGGAAGCCGCUACUCUGGAGGCAAUCUCAGCGCGCGACGCAAUCACAGGUAGUUUAGGACCCGAUUUUGUUGAGGAUAGGAGGACCAAAGAAGAAGAACCCAAAGAUGAUGAAGAGAGAGAAGAUUCUGACAUUCUCGGUAAAGGCUCGUCAAAAGAGAAAGUUCAUCACUACAGUCGCUGGUCUCGAGCUGUUUGGUACCUUUUUAGGAUGGCGUCCAAUACUAUGCAGAUGUUGAUAUUAAAGCUGCCACCAAGACAUUUGGAAAGAAGUUUUCGAGCGGCUGCUCUGCGGAGAAGAAUGCGGAGAGUAUGAUGGAGAUCUCCGUUCAGGGAGAGGUGAUGAAGGAGUUGGGUCAAAUUUGCAACGAACUUUACAAUGUGAGCUGGUUUUUGUUGGAUUUUCAUUUUAGAUUCCUCUGGAUUGCAUGUAUGUAGUGGAUGGAAAGUCUCGAAAGAAGCUCUUCU